CAGUAUCAGGCCAGGAGCCCCGGCGACGGCAAGCUCCUGGCCCACCCCUCGAACACUGCCAUAAAGUUAUCGCCAGGCCAUCAUUCGACGCUGCCGCGCAAGAAAACAUUGCUGCUGGAUGCCGUGGGCAGGCCGGCGAGCAACUCUUCUUCCUCAGGUGCCAGCAUUCAACAACAACAAUUCCAACGAGGUCAGCAGUUAAGAAGAAGCUGUUUGUCACCGACGCAGCAGCAACAGCAGCAGCAGCAGCAGCUACUGUUGCCUCAUCAUCAACACAGACAACAGGAGAGUUCGUUACACUUUGAAUAUUUUGUGCCACGCAGCGUCAGUGAAUUCAAUCUCGCGGCUGCUGUAACAGACAUAGCGGUGCCACCACCUCCCGCGUCGGUUCUCAGGCCUUCUUCGGCGAUCGCACCGGUUGCCACCGGAGUGAUCGGCACCACUAGCCAGACACGAUUGUUGGAUGGUGGCAGUGGCGGUGCCUGUAACAUUGCUACUAGAAGUCGUGAGAAAAUGGUUACGUUCGAGGAUGAAGGGGUCAGUUGCGGCGUUACCUCAACACCCACCAGGAAAAACCUGCCCACCCUAGAUAAUGUUUUUAUGUGACGUGUGCCACAGACUUCACGAAUGCUGAAGCGCUUGCUGCUAUGGAUAGGCCAGAGCCUCGGAAAUUUCCACAUCUCAAGAGACUUUGAAGAGACUUCGUCCAAGUGUUGUUCGGUAACGUGAGAAAAAUUAAAUGGAUAUGAGAUUUCUUCUACGAAGAAUAAAUAUGAAUAAAUGAAAAGAAUAUAAAUAUGUGAUGGAGUGACAUUAGCGCAAUUGAGGAAAAAUUGAGAAAUUUGAUAAUAAUCUGGUCAAUAUCGACAAGUUUACUUGUCGAAAAAUGAAUUGAAUGUAUUCUGAAUAAGAAAAAACCUUUUGUUGACAUAAAUUAAAAACAAUAUCUGAUUAUGUUCUGAAAAUACCAAAUAGAAACUCAAAAGUUAUUUAUGAUUUUAUCUAGUUAUUAUGAAAAAUCUGGUUAUAAAGCAGAAAGAAAUACGAAAAAGGCAAAGAGAAAUGAGAAGACAAAGAGAAAGAUAAAUCGACAACAAUUUGAAAAAUACUGCAUAUCCAUAUAAUACAAUAUGGAAAUUAGGAUAGAAAUACCAAAUGUGGCAGAGAAUAUGAAAACUUGACAAUUGAUUAAAAAAUUUUCGGUGAAAUACGACAUUAGGAAAUAUUUUUUUCGUGGAUAAAAUUUUUAUUAGCCAUUUAAUGUGAGUUUUUGGCACUAAAAACUUGUGUAUUGUCACAUACGAGAAGAGAUUAUCUAAAUAAUAGUAAUAUCCAAGACAAUAUUUAAAAGACGCUUAAAAAACAUCUGACAGAUAUUCUAAUUCUUUAGAUAUCUCUUAGAUAUCUUUCAGGCAUUGAUACAUAUUUAUGUUGAUUUUUUUUUAGAAUCAAUUCAACAAGUUUUGUAACAAACUGUAUAUAUAUAUAUAUAUAUAUAUUUCAUUUAGUUUUAUAUUUUUUCAUUGAAUACCACACACAGGAACUGUAAAAGUGAAGAAUAAAAGACAAAUAUCAGGUAGAUGCUUGAAAAGAUAGCA